GGGUGGAGCCAUCAAGCGCUAUGACGUCACAAAAACUACAUAAGUCCAGUCGCGAGCGCGCGUUCUCCUGAUUCCUCGUCUGUUUCCGCCUGUGUGAAGAUCCAGUUUCAGAACACACACACACACACACACACACAUAUCAGAGGUGUGUGAAGUGUGUAAGAUCAGAUCAGAUCAGAUUAGAUUAGAGCAGAGUGCAGCGAAAGUGCAGGACACAUGGAGGUGUGUGCAGAAGCGAAGCGGGUCAUGGUCCAGGCUCUGAGUAAGAUCUACAGCUCCCGGAACCAGCGCGGCGGACUUCCUCUCCACCGCAGCCUCCUUCUGUCUCUGGUGAUGAGAGCCGCCCGGGACGCGUACAAUUCCGCACGGAUCCCGAACCCCGGAGCGGAGCCGAACCCCGGAGCGGAACCGAACCCCGGAGCGGAGCCGAACCCCGGUCCUGCCGCACACCACACACACCCGGUGAUGAUGGACACGGCCGAAGCUCGUGAACCUUCGUGUGCGCUCCAAAAUGGAGACAGGAGGACAUUACGGCAGGACAGCAACGCGGACAAGGAAAACUUCCCCAGCACAGAACACACACACUCCCGCAAACGGAGGGGGAAAAGUGGCCUGGAGCCGGACUUCCUGCCCUGUAAAAAGGCGAGACUGGAUCCAGCACCGUUCCGCCUGGUUCUUCAGAACUCCACCGCGCGGAACUCCGGGAACUGCGGCAUGGACACCGAACCUCUGCCCGCUACACACACACUGCCCAGGACUAUAGCGACAUGCUGAACAGACUGUGUGUGUGUGUGUGUGUGUGUGUGUGUGUGUGUGUGUGUGUGUAAGAAGAUGAAGUAACAUUACAUUGAAAUGUUCAAAGCUGGAACUAAAAAACACAGGACAGUAACUCAGUCAAAACAUGUACAAACCACCACCAUCACACUCCUGACCUUCAGCAAGCUGUUUCUGCUGUUGCAGUUCUGAGGAGGACGAGCCGGAGAAGGUGAAGCCCAG